AUGAUUGUGUCCAACGUGAGCCUCACUUGCGCGUGGUGCCCCGGCGACGGCAGCAGCGGCGGCGGCGCCGGUCACUCGGAAGGGGCGCCUUCAGACAGGACCCUGACGCCCACUGGGCACCUGGUAGUCUCCGUGUGUCUGGGCUUCAUCGGCACUUUCGGUCUGCUGAACAACCUGCUCGUACUCGUGCUCUUCUGCCGCUACAAGAUGCUGCGCUCCCCUAUAAACUGCCUGCUGGUGAGCAUCUCCGUGAGUGACCUGCUGGUGUGUAUGCUGGGAACGCCGUUCAGCUUCGCAGCCAGCACGCAGGGACGUUGGCUCAUUGGGCGCGCAGGAUGCGUGUGGUACGGGUUCGUCAAUUCAUGCUUAGGCAUCGUGUCCCUCAUCUCACUGGCCGUGCUCUCCUACGAGAGGUACUGCACCAUGAUGGGCCCCACCCAGGCGGACGCCACCAACUACAGGAAGAUUGGGGCGGGGAUAGCCCUGUCCUGGGCGUACUCCCUGGCAUGGACCACCCCCCCGCUUUUCGGGUGGAGCACGUAUGGCCCCGAGGGGCCCGGGACUACCUGCUCGGUGAACUGGACCGCCAGAACCGCCAACAACAUCUCCUACAUCCUGUGCCUCUUCUUCUUCUGCCUGAUCGUACCCUUCGCGGUCAUCGUCUACAGCUACGGCAAGCUGCUGCACGCCAUCAAGCAGGUCAGCAGGAUCAACACGGCGGUGAGCCGCAAGCGGGAGCAGCGUGUGCUGAUCAUGGUGAUCACCAUGGUGAUCUGCUACCUGCUGUGCUGGCUGCCCUACGGCAUCAUGGCGCUGCUGGCCACCUUCGGCCGCCCGGGCCUGGUCACCCCCGAGGCCAGCAUCAUCCCCUCCCUGCUGGCCAAGACCAGCACCGUCAUCAACCCCGUCAUCUACAUCUUCAUGAACAAGCAGUUCUACAGGUGUUUCCAGGCCCUGUUGAUGUGCAAAGCGCCUGAGAGGGGCUCCAGCAUCAAGAGCUCGUCCAAGCCCGCCCCCAAGGGCCUGCGGACGCCGCGCCGCGCCAACGGCCACCACGUCACCUUCUGCGUGCCGUCGGCGGUCCAGCCCUCCACCUUCGCCCCUGAGAAGGCUUCGUCUGAGUCCUCUGGGAGGAACGCUCCGGCGCCGGCCCCAGCGGUCGCCGCCAGACCCGCACUCACGCUCGUGGCGUACUACAACGGCUGA